AUGACUCCUCUGACGACAUUGCCGAAGAAAUUUUCGUCUGGGCACCAGAUCCGACCCCGUGGUGCUCAGCGAGUAAACCCCAUCAAAGCCAUCCAGGACCGGGAAUGGCGACGCAAACAACUGGCUGCUGCAGCGGCGGCUGCCUCGAACUCGCGGGCGGGGAGCGUUGUUAGCGACGCUGGCUCGCCGAAACCGACAGGGCCGACGGGCACGGGCGCAGCGGCCUCUUCGUCACGGCUGCAAUGCCCCAACAAGGCCUGCAAGAACCCAAAUGUCGUCGACGGCACAUGCCGGACAUGUGGUCGGGUUGCCGACGACAGCAACAUUGUGGCCGAGGUGUCCUUUGGCGAGAACGCACAGGGCGCGGCCGUGGUGCAGGGCAGCUUUUUGGGCGCCGACCAGGGCGGCAUUCGGCCGAUGGCGGGCAUUGGACACCGGCGUGUGGCGGGCAACGGCUCGGCCGAGGCGCGCGAGCGGUCCCUGCGCGAAGCCCGCUUGCUGAUGACGGGGUAUGCGCAUCAGCUGCACAUUCCCGACCACACCGUCAACGUGGGCUUCCAGUACUACAAGCUGGCGUCCAGCGCCAACUUUGUGCAGGGGCGCAAGAUCCAGAACGUGGUGGCCGUCUGCCUGUACGCCGCGUGCCGCAAGUCGACGCACGCGAACCCGUGCAAGAUCAUGCUGAUCGACCUGGCGGACCUGGUCAAGGAAGAGGUGUUUUUCCUGGGCCGCACGUUCAAGAAGCUGCUGCAGACGAUUGAGGUGGCCGCACGCGAUGUGCAGCCGAUCUACGUGGAGGACCUGAUUUUCCGGUUUGCGUCCAAGCUCGAGUUCGACACGAUGACCAACAAGGUGGCCGAGACGGCCGUGCGGCUCGUGCAGCGCAUGGACCGCGACUGGAUGGUCAUGGGCCGGCGACCGGCUGGCAUUUGCGGUGCCUGCUUGAUCAUGGCAGCGCGCAUCUUCAAUUUCCGACGCACAGUACGCGAGGUGGUGUACAUUGCCAAGGUCACAAUGGCAACGCUGCAGAUGCGGCUGGACGAGUUCAAAGAACUGCCGUCGGCCAAGAUGACAGUCGAAGAGUUUCUGGCUCACGAUUUCCUGACUGAGGAAUACGACCCACCCUCCAUUUACAAGAAAUCGGACGAGUACCAGGCGAAGCUCAAGGAGAAGCGUGAGAUGCUGAAGCGGAAGCGCGGCGACUCGCGCGCAACCGAGGCUGGGGAGCGGCACGGCUCGAUUGUGUCGGUGUCUAGCACGCCGGGUGCCGCACCCCAACCACCCAAGGUGGUUGAUGCCGAUGGCUUUGCCGUUCCGGCCCUGCCGCCAUCCAAGCAACCGACGUCCCCUGCAGUGCCGACUCCCACGAUCGAAAACACCAACGAAGCCGAAGAUGAAGACGAUCAGCUCGCCGAACUUGUUCAGCAAUAUGGCGACGGUGCAGAUGCAGCUAUGACGCCGCUUUCCGGCAUGGGCUCGCCCUUCCCUGGCUCGGAUGCCACCGACGACACACCUCGAAAGCGUCGGCGCGGUCCUCCCGACGGUUCAUCCUGCCGCACGCUGCCCGUCUCGUCUGGUAGCCGUGGCGGCCAGGACGAUCCCGAUUACGUCGACGACGCCUGGCGCGCAGACGAGGAGAACUUGGAGAUGGAGAUGACGGAGGCGAUCAACUCACCCGGCUGCAUUGAACACGCCCGUGCGUUUGCCAGCGCCGAACAAGCGGCGCAGCGCAUUAUGAUCGGCAUGGGCCGCGCGCCGUCCAAACCAGCGUCGGCCGCGGCCAGUGAGGCCGGCACACCUGCUCCCUCGGGUGCCGACGAGCAAGUGGACGAACCGCAGCCACCCGCCGUGUCGGACAGCCCCGACGUCGAGGAGGACGAGUUCAAGGACGAUCCCGAGGUGCAGUUCUGUCUGCUGUCCGAAGAGGAGGCGGCAGCCAAGGAAAAGAUCUGGAUGAACGAGAACCGUGCGUACCUGCGCAUGCGCCAGGAGAAGGAGUUCCGCGCCAAGAUUGCGGCAGCCAACGGGUCCAAGAAGCAGACCCGGCGGCGGCUGAAGAAGCCCAAGAUCGGGGAAGGCCAGAUCACGCCUGCAUCGACGCCUGGCGCGGCGGCGGUCGAGGCCAUGGAGCGGCGCGGCUUUUCGAAGCGGAUCAACUACGAAGCCAUGCGGAAGAUGCUGGACCGUCCCGCGAGCGGGCGCAGCCGGGCUGGCUCGGUGUCCAUGUUCAGCAGCUACUCACAGAGCCGGGCGGGCAGCUCGAUCGGCAGUGUUAUGGGUGACGAGGAGGAAGAGGAAGGGGAUGGUGUGCGUGGCGCAGCCAAGGGCCCUGAUGCGGACAAGACUGCUGACGCCGAGGAUGACUACGAUGCGGGCGAUAACGAGGUCUACGAGGAGGAAGAGGAGGAGAUUGACCCGUUCGCCGAAGACGAUGCCGUCGAAGAGGAGGACGAGGUGGAAGAAGAGAUUGAAGAAGAAUAG